UGCCGCAUAGACCCACCAUUUCAAAGCGUGCACCUUCAACUGCUCCGGCGGCCAUGGCACAGCUCUUCUUUGCAACUCCUCGUGUGAACUCUCUUCAUUUCCUUCCUUCCUCUUCCAAAUCUCUACCCCUCCUUUUCUCCGUUAAACCCUCUCAUUUUUCCUCCUCGUCCCCCAACCUCUAUCACCUCGUUUCCUUCCGCUUCUCUCCCCAGGCUCCACGCUUCUCCUCCUCCUCUUUCGAUCAAAUCAAACCUCAUCUCCAAUCCGAAUGGGAGCCCAUUCUCAAGGGAUGGAUCUGCAGCGCCGUCUCCGUUUGCUGCCUCUCCGUCGCCGUUCCCAAGGCUGGGAAAAUACCCUCGAUCUUGACGGAGGGCGGUUCCGACCGGAUGGGAGUUCCAAUCUUGUUACUUCUCAUUGGCUACCUUGGUGAAAGGCUUCAGGGCAUAUCGAGAAAGGCACAGAUAACUUCUGCUAAGCUUUCUUCCUACCUUAAUGAGGUAAUUCCAUUGAUGCUCGUUGUGAGGGCCAACAAUGGAGAGCUGAAGGAGAACCUGCAUUUCUAUAGGCUUGCCCAUGAUGAUCUGAUAGCUCGUAUUGGAAAGAAGAAGAUGAAGGCAUUUAUACCUCAGAUUGUGCAGAUCCUGUGUAUAGGAGGUUUGAUAGUUCUUCAUGCUAUUUCGAUGAUUGCUUCAAAGGGUUCAAUGGAUGGAUCAAGACUUCUUUCAUUUACAAUGUCACUAGCGCUUCUGAUCGAUCCUAUCCAGGGCAUGGGAAAGGCAUUCAAUGAGUUAAAAGAAGGGGAACCAGCUGUUGAGCGCUUGUUUGACCUGGCACAAUUCCACAACAAAGUGGUUGAGAAACCAAAUGCGCUUGAUUUAUGUGAUGUCACUGGGGACAUAAAAUUUUCUGGUGUUACGUUUAGAUAUGGGGAUAAUAUGCCUCUUAUUUUAAAUGAAAUGGAUCUCCAUAUCGAACCUGGUGAAAGUGUUGCUUUUAUCGGUCCAUCUGGAGGAGGAAAAACAACUAUCGUAAAAUUGUUGCUUCGGUUGUAUGAUCCUCUUUAUGGUGAAAUAUUUCUUGACGAUCAUAAUAUCCAGGAGCUAAAAUUGAGAAAUAUAAGGGAGCACAUGGUUCUGGUUCCUCAGGAUACAAUGCUAUUUUCAGGUACAGUAGCAGAGAAUAUUGGGUAUAAGGAUGGUUCAAACAGACUCGACAAUAAAUGCGUUGAGAAUGCUGCGAGGAUAGCCAAUGCGGAUGAGUUCAUUAGAGAACUUCCACAUGGCUACCAUACCAAUAUUGGGCCAAGGGGAUCUCUUUUAAGUGGCGGUCAAAGGCAGAGGAUCGCCAUAGCUAGAGCACUAUAUCGCAAAUCCUCAAUACUGAUCUUAGAUGAAGCAACUUCUGCACUGGACAGCAGAUCUGAGCUAUUGGUCAGGCAAGCCCUGGAGCGUCUGAUGGAAAACCACACUGUUCUCAUUAUUGCACAUAGAAUUGAGACGAUGAUGACGGCCGACAGGGUUCUCCUGGUUGAAGGAGGAAAGGUGGAGGAGGUCCCAAAAUCAUCCCUACUCUCCCCAGAUGGUCAUUUAGCAUCCAUUCUUAACUCUUCUGCAGAUACAGGAGCAAAUUUUUGAUCAACCAGACCAACUAUUUGUGUCCUUAAUGCACAAGGGGGGCUGAUAGACAGGGCAGUAUUGAUCGCUGCGACGGGCCCGUGGCUUAUGCAGCUGACUCGAAUGUUCAUAAAAGUGCACCUAAUGUUACAUUUUUUAUCUUAUCUGCUAUUUAAAGCUUUUAUCUAUUAUUGAAGGCCGUGGCCGUGAAAUUUUUAAAUUGUUAAA